AGAUGCUUUAUUCCCACCCCGGGCGUGGGCCUGCCCUUGCAGCCCUAUUGUGUUCUUAUUCGAUGUGUUGGUUUCAGCGAACGGGAAGCGUUCGCGAUGAUGGAUGCGAAGUGAACCUGCUGCUUCCCUGACAAGCAGGAGAUGCUUUCUCGCAUGUUGGCGGUGCGGGCCUUGUUAGCGGCCUGGGGACACAGCUUAAGACCUGGCAAGCUUCAUAGGGAGGGUUUGGAGUCUGCUAAGCUUCCCGACCUGCACAUCCAUUGAAGGGGAAGAGGAGAAGGCUUGCUGUCCCUGGACCCAGUGAUUGCCUCCCCGUCAGAAGCCCUAAAUACCCACCACAGGUGUCUUCGAAAUGGAGUUCUGAAGUCCAUGUGGCUCCUCACAGUGAACCAGGUGUUAAGGAAAAUGCAGAGACGUCACAGUAGCAACACGGACAACAUCCCACCUGAAAGAAGCCGCAGCAGCCAGACGCUCAGCCCCGAGGCCAGCGUGGAUGAGGGCGGAGUGUUCGAGAGCCUGAAGGCAGAGACAGCGUCCCCGCCCGCUCUCUUCUCUGGCCUGGCCAGCGCCCUACCCACUAACCCCUUCCCAGCCGGCCUGGUGCUGGGGUCAGCGGCUGGCGGCGGGGACGUGUUCAUCCCGAUGCCUGCAGCCAGGGAGGAGACCGGCAGCCGCAGCAGCGAGGGUGGCACCUCCUACCACCACCGCCAGCCCCAUCACCACUUCCACCACGGAGGCCACCGUGGAAGCUCCCUGCUGCAGCACGUGGGCGGGGACCACCGUGGACACUCGGAGGAGGGCGGCGAGGAGCAGCCAGGGACCCCCGCACCUGCACUGUCCGAGCUGAAAGCCGUGAUCUUCUGGCUGCAGAAGGGACUGCCCUUCAUCCUCAUCCUCCUGGCCAAACUGUGUUUCCAGCACAAAUUGGGCAUCGCCGUGUGCAUCGGGAUGGCCAGCACCUUCGCCUACGCCAACUCCACCCUCCGGGAGCAGGUGUCCCUGAAGGAGAAGAGGUCGGUGCUGGUCAUCUUGUGGAUCCUGGUCUUUCUGGCAGGGAACACCCUGUAUGUGCUGUACACGUUCAGCUCCCAGCAGCUCUACAACAGCCUCAUAUUCCUGAAGCCCAACCUGGAGACCCUGGACUUCUUCGACCUGCUGUGGAUCGUGGGGAUCGCAGACUUCGUGCUGAAGUAUGUCACCAUUUCCCUCAAGUGCCUCAUCGUGGCCUUGCCCAAGAUCAUCCUGGCCGUCAAGUCCAAGGGAAAGUUCUAUCUGGUCAUCGAGGAGCUGAGCCAGCUGUUCCGAUCACUCGUGCCCAUCCAGCUGUGGUACAAAUACAUUAUGGGGGAUGACUCCUCCAACAGCUAUUUCCUGGGAGGAGUCCUGAUCAUCCUCUACAGUCUGUGCAAGUCAUUUGACAUCUGCGGCCGUGUGGGCGGAGUCAGGAAAGCGCUGAAGGUCCUCUGCACCUCCCAGAAUUACGGCGUCCGGGCCACCGGGCAGCAGUGCACGGAAGCUGGCGAUAUCUGUGCCAUCUGCCAGGCCGAGUUCCGCGAUCCCCUGAUUCUCCUGUGCCAGCACGUGUUCUGUGAAGAGUGCCUCUGCCUAUGGCUGGACCGCGAGCGCACCUGCCCGCUCUGCCGCUCGGUUGCCGUGGAUACGCUGCGCUGCUGGAAGGAUGGAGCCACGUCGGCGCACUUCCAGGUGUACUAGGCCUCAGUGCUAAGGUAUCCGGGCAGACUCUGGGGAGCCCAGCGUUCUUGGCUCCAGCUCUGAGGCUUCCUGGACAACAGCUUCCAACACUUCUGUCUCCCUCCUCUUGCCCUCUACCAUCUGAGCCCCUGGGGUUCCCCAGCAUUGCCUUCCAGUCUCGUCCUAGGGUAUAGCAUACUCAUCUUCCCUGCCACAGGGGGACUUGAACAACUCAGAUUUGGCCUCCCUGCACGUGGGAGAUCCAGCUCUCCCAGUGAAGAAUGGUCGUAGGUGAAGUUCCCCACCCCCCCUUAUUUAACCAGACUGCAGCUGUUGAGACUCAAUGCUGCGAAUUGGACUGGAGCCUAGAGUUCACAGCUGCCCCUCCCUGGCCCAAGCUGGCAGGUGACCGCCAUUGGGGAGUAACUUCAAAAUGCAAAGGCUGAGCCCCACCCCUGCAAAGAGUAGCUUAAAGCAGCAGGACUCACGGAGCAUCCUGCUCACGUGGUGAUUCGUCACCUCCACAACAGCCCUGGAUGGAGAAACCCUCACCCCCAUCCCCUUCACAGGUGAGGAGACUGAGGCACCGAGUUUGGUGUGGCAGUUUUCCCAGGGCCACCCAGCUGGCAAGGACAGAGUCUCCUGCACAGCUUGGCGCGGAUGCUGUAGGCAUGAGGGCCGGUAGACCUGGCUUGUUCCAGGCACAGAGCUGGUUUUGACAUCCUGGCCCAGCCGUACAGACCAGCAGAGGCGAACGCCGAGCGUGCAAGCCGUGCAUGUGGCUCCUGAGGCCGACUAGUGACCACGCCCACGGAGAGCCUGGACCCCCAAGAAUGCUCCCCGCCUGGGCUGCUCAGACCCACUCAUGCCAAGAAAGGCCAGCAUUGGCCCAUUUGUGCAUA